GUUGUUGUUGCUGUUGGAAACGGUCGCGCCAGCAAUGGCUGCUCACUGAGCUCGUCCAUGGGUCCUCUACAGCAGAUAUGAUUCGACUUCCUCGCGGCAUUUUGUUGCACACAAAUUUUAGGAUUGUUGUUUCCAGAAUGAAUUUCAUAGUUCACCAGAAUGCCAGCAGGUCAAAGUGAUGUGAGGGCUAAGACCAAAGCUCGCUUUGAUGAGGUGUUGAAGAGAUACACAAACCCUCCCUCUGAGAAAAAGAAAGCCAAACAGAUCACUGAUCACUCCCAGGAAAUUAUUGCGCUUCAAACCUUGAAAAAGAACCUAGAUUUAAGUAAAGACAUUGAAGAUGAUGAAGCUAUCCUCCAUAACACAUAUGAUCCAGCUCAGGGCAGCCCUAGAUACACUAAAAACAGGCGCAGAGAGAGGGAAGCAUCUGAAAAGACCAACAUAAACAAUUCUGUGAGUGAGGAGGAGCCCACGCUGACCGGUGGGAAAAAGAAAAGCAAACGAAAACUCCCACAACUUCUACCUCCUGUUCAAAACGAAGAAGACCACGACAGGAGGGCCGAUGCAGAGAUUGAUGGAAAACGUACUAGGAAGACUAGGAAGGGAAAGAGUAAAAGUGAGAAUGAUGUCGGCAGAAAGAAAGAAGACACGGAGACAGAAGAUGAUUAUCUGCAGGCGUACCAACAUCAGAUCUCGCAGGAGGACGAGACGGCUGGGAAGAAGAUGACGCGGAAGAAAGCCGCGGAGAAGCUUACGGAGAGCCAGCCGCUGAACAAUGAGCUGGAGAAGAAAAAGAAGAAGGUGAAAUCAAACAAACAUGAUGGCGAUAGAAGGCAAACUGAAGAGGGUAACCAGAUAGAAAAUAUCCAGGAUAGUGCUGUGGAGGAGUUCAAGGAGGACACAGUCAAACCCAAAGUGAAGAAGAAAAAGAAACGAAAAGAAGUGGCUGUUGAGGAGGAACAGGCAGAAGAGAAGCGAUCCUUUGACGACAGUCUGGUGCUGGGAGUUUAUAUCCACAGGACAGACAAGCUGAAGACAGACCUGAUGGUGUCUCAUCCUAUGGUCAAAGUUCACGUGGUUGAUGAGGUCACUGGACAGUAUGUGAAGAAGGAGGACAGCCAUCGUCAUGUUUCAUCCUUCUAUGAGCAAGAAAACAUCGAGCACAUCCUGCCCAUCAUAACCCAACCGUUUGAUUUCAAGAAACACAAAAAUACAGUUCCAGAAUGGGAGGAACAGAUUAUCUUCAAUGAGCGCUUUGGAUACUUUCUUCAAGAGGACGAUGAGAGUCCUCGUGUGAUAUUGUUUUUUGAGAUUCUGGAUUUCAUUAGUAUGGAGGAAGCACGAACAAACGUCUCUGUUGACCGACACGAUAGGGGUUUCCGGAAGAUUGCUUGGGCUUUUUUGAAGCUUGUAGGAACCAACGGCGUCUUGAACGUCGACACCAAACUGCGUCUACAACUUUACUGUUCUCCUCCACGUGCAAAGAAACAGCCACAAACAGUUGAAGUGUUCCAGUGGUGGUCAAAGUACCCAAGAAACAAAUACGCAUCAACCCUCUACGUCACAGUGAAAGGCCUCAAACCACCAGAGCAUGUGGACCCCAGUAUCCGGUCCAUGAUGGCUCUCCAGCAGGAGCGUGGAACUACCUCCUACAGUGAGCUCAAUACUGAGAUGACCAAUAAAACCAGCACACAGAUACUGGAGAGCAAAUCAGAAAUCAUUAAGUGGAGCCGCAUACCUGGACAGGUGUGUCGCAUUCCGAAUAAACCAAUGCAUUCCUUCCGUGGAGGUCAGAUGGGCUGCUUUACUCUGCGUUUCUCUCAUGAUGGACGUGCACUAGCCGCUGCAUGCGCAGAUAGAGAUGCGUUUCCAAUCAUUAUAUAUGAGAUUCCGUCUGGGAAAGUUCUGGCAUCCUUUAAUGGCCAUCUGAGUGUGGUAUAUGAUCUCUGCUGGUCCAGAGAUGAUAACGGACUGUUAACUGCAUCCUCUGAUGGAACAGUAAGAGUGUGGAAUGUUGAACGACUCCAGAGUUUCGCUCAUAAAACUCUUCCUCACCCUUCAUUCGUGUACUGCGCCCAGUUCCACCCGCAAACCCAGAGUCUGGUGGUGACGGGGGGUUACGACGGGGUGCUGCGGGUCUGGAAUGUACACGUGCAAGACGUGAACGGGCAACUUCUGCAAGAGUUUGACGGGCACAAGACUUUCAUCAACACAUUGUGUUUUGAUCCAGAAGGAAGCAAAAUGUUUUCUGCGGACAAUUCUGGCCUCAUUAUUGUGUGGGGAACCAAGGUGAUGCCCGGGUCUCGCCGAGGACUGACCAGUCAGUGGUGCAUUGAGAGGGAAAUUAAAGAGGCGGAUCUGAACGGAAUAUCCAUCAACUCAUUAGAGGUGCAUCCCAACGGAAGACGACUUUUAAUUCAUGCCAAAGACAGCGUUUUAAGGGUCAUGGAUUUGAGGAUUCUUGCAGUGAAGAAAUACAUAGGUGCCACAAACUACAGGGAGCGAAUCAACAGCACAUUCACUCCCUGCGGAAGCUUCGUGUUUUCAGGCAGUGAAGACGGACUGGCGUAUGUGUGGAACUCUGAGACAGGUGACCAGGUUGCCGUGUACUCAGAGCUGUGCUAUACAUCUGCGCUUCGAGCUGUAGCUUUCCACCCUCAUGAGAACAUGGUGGCCUUCUCUUCCUUCGGCCAAAACCAGCCCAUCCAUCUUUAUCUGUAUGACCGGAAGGUGGCUCAGAUGGAGGUGGAGAGUUUGAGAGGCUUGAGCCGGUCAGAGAACCUGGAGAGUAAGAUGGGCAGGAAUUCCUCAGAGGUCACGGCCUUCCAGAACACUUCUGUCAUGAGCAUGGACCAGUUCGCCAGCACAGCUCGUGUGUCCCUAAAGAUGCAGCGGGUCAAACAGAAACUAGACUCUGUACUGGAGCCCCAUCGAAGUUCUCCUGGUGUGGAUAUAUAUGAACAAGGUGGCAUGUCUUACUUGGGAAGGAGCCAGGAGGGCCUGGCCUCGUAUCUUCCUCCUCCGUCUCUGCUGUCUCCUCACUCCAAACUACAGAUGUCCACGUCUCUCAGCGCUCAACUCAUUCCACAGGCCACACUCACCUCACACAGUAGUGGUUACAGUCCUGCUGGGCAGCCCAUUAGAAGAACUCCAUCCCUCAAACACCAGAAAAGUUUACUGGAUUAUGAAUUCUCUCAACAAGCAGAGACAGAUUUUGGGCAAAUCCAUCAAACGGUUGUGUCUUUAUACGAGUACAGAGCCAAUCGAUCAGAUGAGCUGUCGAUACGCCGUGGUGAUGUGAUCCACGUGCUGUACAAAGACAACGACAGCUGGUGGUUUGGCCGACUGGUCAGUGGACAGGAAGGAUAUUUCCCAGCGUCCUAUGUGGCUGAUGAAGGGAGUUUUGAUGAAGAGCUCUCAAGCGCUUUAGAAGCACAGCCAUCACCGUUAGAUCAACCUGAAGGAGUUGAGCGUGCAACACCAGUCCAGCUGUCUGCAGCCAUCAGUGCCUCUGGAGAGCUGAAGAUCAUCUCCGAGCUGGACACUGACCCCGAGGCGUCCUCCACCGUAACAAAGAAGAAGAAGAAAAAGGUGAAGCGGAGUGAAGUUCCCUCUGAUCUGCCUCGUGUCCCGUCUUCAGAUCGCGAGAUGUCUUCAGCAUCUUCCAGAAGGAGGAGACCUCUUCCCAGACUAGGCCAAGCCAACGGUGCGUUUGAAGGUGAAGGACAGAACCAACGUGAUUAAAUCUGACUGCUAAUAUUUACCUCUGUUAUGAAGGAACUAAGGACAUAGAAACAAGUGUUUUUUGGUAGUUGGCCUUAUUUAAAAAAUAUAUAUAUUUUUGUAAUUUUGAUACUGAUUUGUAUUAUGUAGUUGUACAAGAUGAAUUAAUUUUUACUGUGUUUCUGUACAGUAUUUUGUGUACUAUUGUAGUAUUCUUACAUUUUUUUAAUUUAAAUUACAAUUUUUAACAUAACAGCAACCAGCAGUAAUCGUAAUGACAUUGAAUAUAAAUAUGUAUUUUAUUCACAUAUCAGAGAAGGGAAUAAACUGUGGUAUUUAUUUAAUACCAGAGUUAAUGUAUGCAGUUGGUUAAAUAUAUUUUUCUGUAUCACAAAUGAAUGCAAGAGUUCAAAAUGUUCCAGUUUUAAACAUAUUGUCGUGUAAAAAGAAUCUCUGCAGUGUUGAAAGGAUCGAUAUUUAUGCAACGGCUCCAAAGAAUCGAAUGAUCUCAUUGCUAUGAAAACACUAAUGCGUAUUGUAAAAAUGUGUUUUGUAAAACUGUACAUAAUUAUUUGUAAAUCUGUAAAAGCAGGUACAAUGGGGUCAGUCACAAACUCGGGCUUGAUGGGUAAUCUGUGUUAAGUAAUAUUUAAAUGCAAAUCCCACAUUCUUGCACUAGUCCAAAACAUUUCUAAAAACCUCAACAAGACUUCAGAAAUAAUCCAGUGUACUUUACUGAAAGACACGCCGUAUAUGAGGUAAUGAAUUAUGUACACAAGGCAUUAUUUUCAAUUCACUUAAAAAAAAAUGUACACCUUUUUUUUAAAUGGAUCAUAUUACAUCUAAAGUUAAUCAUAGUUACUAAACAAUAAGUAAGCCAAAAAAAUAAGGCAAAAAAAAUAAACACACUUAAGUGUUUAUCAAAAGGCACAACUCAGAUAUGUUUAGUGUAAAUGUCAGCUUGUUAUUAUGCAUUAAACAUCUCCUCUCUUAGUUCUAUCUUAUAGGACUUUUGAAUUUACAUUGUAAAUGUUCACUGAAAUCCUGCAUAAAGAUUAAACUGAUCUUAUAAUACA